AAUUAUUAUUUAUAUGCCUUUAUAGCCAGUCUUAAUUUUGGGGAUUGUCGCUGUGCCUUUAGAUAGGCCUAUAUCGUUUUCGAACAUUGUACAUUACAUGGUCCAAUAAAUGCAGUUCUCUGAAUGGGAAGACAAACACAUUGUAAAGAAGAUAUCCAAUAGCGUCAAGGGCUACCUCUGUUUAAAAUGCAUUCGCUGGGGAGACUUGGAAUGAAUUGAAGUGGAAGACCCAUAUGGAAAUCUGAAUUGGAUAGUGCUCCAUCUCUGCAGAAUACUGUUGGCGUGGCAUUUCAUUAUUUUUUACCGAGUAUUCAUCACAACUAGUAAGUAGGCAUAUAGUCGAUAUUUUGCAGACUCAUUGAAUCGAGUGGAUUGGACGUAGCUACUAUGGAAACGUAGUUAUCAACAGUGCAGGAUGUAUAGGAUUACGGGAUUGCAGUUAAUACUUCUCUGUGCAGUUCCAUUCGUCACCAUAUUAAUAACACUGCUGUUUCUGUGCUUAUGUUGUGAUAAUGGGAAGUGUUUGAAACGGUACCGAUUCGGUAAAGAGCCUCAGCAGAAAAAGAAAGAAUCGAUCACAUCCAGCCUUAUAUACGUUACACCAAAGAAAAAGAAAAAGAAUGAUCUUAGUUUAUCAGAUAUAAACAGAGGACUUCCAGAUACAUUCGUUAUACCAGGAACGCCACCUGCUCAUAGAGAAGUAGUCGCAUGUCAACAACCACCAAUAAGUAAUCCAAGAAUAAUGGAUCGGCAACAUUCCAUGACGUCAAAGCUAGACCCCACAACAUUUGAUCCUUCCAGCGACAUGUACAAGCCACCACCAGAACCUCCCAGGAAAAAGUCAUUAGUGGAAGGACCUAGUCUUGGAAUUCUGAAUUUUGAAUUAAAAUAUUCGCCUGAUAUGAAUUUAUUAACUCUGCGCUUGAUCGAAGCAAGGAAUUUGCAGCCGCAAGAUUUUAGCGGAACGGCUGAUCCGUACUGUAAAGUUACCAUUCUGCCCAACUGUCCAAAAACGAUGCAAAGUAAAGUGCUUAGGAAGACUUUGAACCCGCAGUUCAAAGAGAGUUUUGUAUUUGAGAUUCCAGAAUUUGAUAUACAUAGGCAGACUGUUAAAAUACAAUUGUACGAUUUUGAUCAGUUUUCCCGAGACGAUUAUAUAGGCGAUGUUUUACUUCCGCUAGAUAAUGUGGAUCUUAGUGACAAGUUAGAAGUUUGGAAGGAAAUCAAGAAGUUGAAGGAAAAGAAAAUGAAGAAUAUGGAGGUGCCUAAUCUGGGUGAUAUAAUGUUCUCGCUAUCUUAUCUGGAGACAGCCGAACGUCUUAAUAUAGUUAUUCUGAAAGCACGAAACCUGAAACAAGUUAGUGAAAAGAAAGAUCCAGAUCCGUACGUGAAAGUAUCUGUAUUUCAUGCGGGGAAGCGGUUGAAAAAGAAGAAAACCACGUCUAAACAUAGUAUAGUCCAUCCUGUCUUUAAUGAAGCCCUAGUUUUUAACGUUUCGAAGAACUUUCUGAAAUACUUAAAAUUGGAAGUUAGUGUCAUUCACGACAACAGGGUUGGACAGAAUGAGGUUCUAGGCAAGGUGAUAGUUGGACCAGAUUCACAUGGAGAGGAGCUUGCUCACUGGAAUGACAUGAUUACCUCAAGCAAGGCCGUUGCAAGAUGGCACCGACUCUUUCCAUGAUAGCCUAUGUUUUUUUAAUUUAUUUUACUAAACCACAUGUACGGAUGAUAUUCGUUGGAUAUGAUAAUAUGGUGUAUCACCAUGACAUUGCUAUGUCAAGUUUCGGCAUCUCCGACGGCCUAAUAAAGUUAAGCACUUUGAGGAUUAGCUUAAAACAGCACGUGCUGUCUCAAUGCAAGACGAAUGCAAAAGAAAAAGUGAGUCUCACGCCUCCAAGCAAGGCCUAGUAUUUUGAUGUCUAGGUUUGCAUUGACGAGUCCAAGUCCAUCUACGUAUCAAGUACUGUACUUGAAAUACUAGGCAAAUAUUAGUAGUGAUACUUAAAUACCGUCACACAGUAAUGUUACUACUCUUAAUAAGCUAUACUAUCGCAAAUGGCUGAGAUUGCUGCUCAAAAUAAUAUCUACAAUUCUCAAGUAUAUGUAUGAUCUGACGUCAGUAAACAGAUAAUGUCAUAAUAUAUAAUAUGUAUACACUUGUAAUAGAAUUGAAAUACAUAUAUACAUGCAGUAAAUACUGUUUUUCAAAGGUCUAAAAGCGAUAAAUACUCAAACAAUUGAUAUAUAGGCAUGUGUAUCCGAUUAGCCUGUUUUACUUUCAUUUCAACUAAACGAUGGCGAUUAUUGGUAGAAGCAAUUGCAAUGGUGCUAUAAAAUUUUGCCGCAUGUUGGUCGUUAGGGAAAAGGACAGUAAUUUAGGACUAAUGAUUUAAUACGGGAGAAUCCAUCAUGUAGAUGGUAGGUGUUACUGAUGAUGAUGAUAAUGAUGAUGAUAAUACGAUGAAUAUGGUGGUAUAGAAGAUAUUAUUGAUAGAUGAUACUGAUUUUUAAAAAAUAAUAAUGAAGGUGAGUUUUAUUUAUUUGAUGAUUAAUAUUAGAAUACCGGAUUUUGUUAUUACUGUUUAAUACAAGACUGAUCAAGGUGAUAAAAUAUCAUGAUAAUUAUUAUGAAGAUGGGAUUAAUAAUAAGGAAAAUAAUUAUGAGUAUAAAUAACAAUGGUGGUGUUAGUAUUUGAUUACCUGACCUAUUGUGUAUAAAUGGUAAUACACUACUGUAAAUACAAGUAACAAGGAGUGAAAUUUGAGGGCUAAGAUUAUGACGAUGAUAUGAAUAUUAUAACGAUACUAAAAAUGAUGGAGAGGAUAAAUGGUGGUGGCCGUAGUGUUAUGUAGGUAAAUGGUAUUUGAUACACGUAUUAUAGACGGAUGAAAUAUGAGGCUGGGAAAACACAUAAGAAAGAUAAGAUGAAUGACUGAUAUUUUUUGGAAAUAUCAGUCUCCCUGACUAUCUCAAUUUAAAUUACCAACGUAAGCCGCAAUUUAUUCUCGAGUUGUCACUGUUUAAGGUGACGUUUCCUUCUGCAGAUGUUAAAAUAAUCUCAAUGAAGGAACUUUAUUGAUCGUGCCCUACGGUGCGGUAUUUUCUCAUUUUUUCUUCUCGGUAGCUUUCGUGCAUAUGAAUUUUUUAGUACAUUAUUCCAUGGAAUUUAGUUAUGGAUAUAUUCGUAUCGUAUGUUUAUGUAAUGAGAGAGAUAACCCUACAGGUUAAUACCACUCGAAUAAGGAACGUAAAUGAUGUUUUUAAAACCAAGGUGAACAAGCGUAGUGUACUAAAUAUAUAUUUUUUAAAUAUUUGUGUGUAUUUUGAGUUGAUGUACUGUGUAUGUUGUUGAUAUUAUUUGACUAUCUUCAUAUUUGAAUGAUAUUUAUUUAGGAAAUCGAUUGUUACUUAGAGGUCGAAGUGGUAUAUUAAAGGGCUACAUGAAAUUUAAGUAAAA